AUGAGAGCUGUUGCGUCUAAGAGGUUCCUGCUCGCACAAGUACCGAGAAGUGCUCAUCGUGCUUUGUCUGCGACGACCUAUGCCGGCAAUCGGCUCCUCGCUGGCCGAUCUCAACUUAAUCCGUACACUCCACUGGAGCUGCAACGAAAAGCCUUCAGUACCACAGGAAACACUACGACACACGCUUCUAAUCGAUCCAAACAAGAAACUAUGGAAAGCGUGCACCAAGAAAUGAAAGGCGUCCUUCAGCCCCAGAAAUCUGCAUCUCCCCCAGUCGCAGGAAGCGGCGUUACCGCCCAAAUCUUUGAAAAUCCCAAGCGCAAAGCCCAAUACAACCAAGCACUAUGGAAUGCGGCUGGAUCCUUUUUACUUGUCAUUUUUGCCGCACAAUCGCUCAAAUCGGGCACGCAGCGGCGUAAGGCCGAACAACUUGCCGACGGAUACUGCACGGUGGUUGAAAAGAAACGUAUCCUUUUCCAAUCGCUACUUCAGGAGGACACUUGGAAACCUUUGGCAGCAAGAAUAGCUGCAAACUUGAAUCAAGUCAAUGAUAGUACUGCGACUACAGCACAAGGGAUUGCCGGCCUGUUUGCCACAAGAAAAUCCCCUACAAAAACUCAGGACAAUCUACAACAAUCGGAAGAACGGAUUCUGGCCAUGAUUCUUCAUGAAAUGCAUGUACUAGUACAAGAGGCUGCUCUUUCUGACACCGAAAAGGACGCCCUUGCGGUAGCGGGGCUCCAAAACAAAGCCGACUUUCUCGCCAAGUCGACCGACGAUGACAACACUGAACAACUGUUGCGAGAUUUGCAAGUGUUUGAUAAAGAAGAAGGCAAAGUCGUCAAGAGGCGAGUAUUUAGCAUUUGA